AUGGAGACGCAAGGAGAUGAAUUCUUGUCCGCAAUCCUGACCGAUGAACAUGGUGAUGGUUUGGAUGACCUGUCCAUUCCAAACAGUCAACAGGAAACUGACAAUAUCAGUGACGGUGUCGAUGUGCAAUUUGUUGGUAGUGUUGGUACCAAGGUAAAGAGGGCUAAAAAUUUUAAUUCCGAUGAAGAUGAAAUUGUUUGCUCAGCAUGGUUGAAUGCUAGCAAAGAUCCUCUGCACGGGGCCAAUCAAAAUCGGUCGAGGUUUUGGGGUAGAGUUCUCGCUUAUUUUGAUGAGCACAAGCGUAACAUUCCAAGGAUAGAAAGUUCAAUUAUGCAUAGAUGGCUCAUCAUUCAAACUCAAGUGAACAAGUUUUGUUCGUGUUACGACAUGAUUACCCGUAGAAAUCAAAGUGGUGCAACUAUCGAAGACAAGCUUGCAGCUGCAACCAAGAUUUUCGAGGGACUAGGCAACAAGGACAGCAAAAAGUUCAAUGUUUUGCCAUGUUGGAAUGUGCUCAAGAACGAGGACAAAUGGAAAACCAAGAGGACUGAACUGCUCCAGCUUGAGAAAGAAGCAGCAGCAGCAAAAUCAAACAAGAAGAGGAAGAAACAGCCUACCCAAGUGUGUGAUGCAGAAACAGGAGCAAAGAAACAGGAGCAAACAAGCAGUGAAGAAGGAAAUGGUGCUGAUGCAGAAACAGGAGCAAAGAAAAGGGGGGAUGGGAUCAAGAAGGUUAAAGCGUCGCUUAGGCGAGGAGGUGGUGAAGCUUGCUUGGAGGCCAUUGACAAGUUGUGGGCAAAGAAGGAGAUUGCGGACAUUGAGAAAGAGAAGGCUAAGAAUGAUAGGUUUAUGCUCGUCGACAUGUCCUCCCUCAACACCCUGCAGCGUGAAUGGAUUGAGCUCAUGCAGCAAGACAUCAUGGCUAAGCGACGUGGACAUAUAAUCUAGUUCCCGCUGGCACUUUAAUUUUGAUUCAUCAUAUGUUUUCUUUCUUGUUUAUGUGAGUUUGAUUGAGAGAUGCAUGAACCUUUUAUUGUUAAUGUCAGUGUGAGUGAGAGAUGCAUGCGCAGUUCAUAUUUAUACUUGCUGUCUUUAUAUUGAGAUUCAGUGAAACAUGGAGCUGCUAUAUUUUAUUUCAUUCAUAGAUGAACCUAUA